CUCCAGCGUGGUGGUGGAAGUGUUUGGAGUUUGCCAUUAACAAGAACUCGGAGAAUACAGAACUACGGCCACCUGGCAACUUCUGGGGCCAUCAAAACACCCUCCAACCCGAAAAAUGAUAAUGAAAUACACUUUAAAAUCUGCUGGGAAGACGCAGGAGUUGGCGUUAAAGUGACUUUUUGAAACUGAACCUGCUUUUUCGUCCGACUACGGGCUAAAAUAUCUCAACAUCUUCACAAAGAAACUUUGCUCGCUAGGCUGCUAACUCGCACGCAAGUCAGAAAAAAGUAUAAUAGCCGAAUUCGUAACCACGGUUAAACGCGUCAUAUUUCGAGCUUUUCUGCGUCAACUUUUUCAGGUUACUUAGAAAUGCUGUGCAUGCGAUUUUAGACUGAAAUUUGUAACGGUUUCGAAUAGUCAUCAUCACAGGAGGAAGAGUUGCAGCAGGGAAUUUGGCAAGCCAUUACCAGCGCCCCCCACAUAUCUACCAGGCAGGACAGCCACGGCUAAUUACAGGUAUAGGAGCUAAGUGGUCCUAGAUUUGUUACUGUAAACAUGUCUGGCCGAAGUGGAGCUGGACACGCAAGAUCUACUGCUUUGGGCCCGCAGCCCCUCAAGGCGACCGUUCCCUUUAGGCUUGCCAGCAAACCCCGAUCAAGCCGGAGAGAUGGGAAGUCAGCUGGAAAGGCCAAAUCACAUCAGCUGAGCUCAGGCAUGAGGCGGACGAUGUCCCUCGACGCCAUCAUCGGGCCAUACCUGCAGGGGCACUGGCCAAAAGACCCUGAGAACCAGAGCAGUCUGUCUCGCAAGGACAAAUCCACCCAGACUCCAGACUCGUGGGCAGAUAAAUCCCAGGGCAGAAGAGGUAGCAGCAGCCACAAACGUUCAGCUUCUUGGGGCAGCGCUGAACAUCUACGUGAGAUUGCAAAACUAAAACAACAACUCCAGCAGUGCAGCAAACCUGCAGUCUCUGGGGGCCAUGACAGAGACCGUCAGUGUAGUUAUCCACAUGGGACCUGUAGCCCAGGAGCUACCCAGACUCAGCCAACUCCCAUCCCCCUCACUCCCCUGUCUACACUGGUCCCCCGACUGCGCUGCAGUGUGGAGGGCCUCAAUCAGGAGCUGGAAGGCAUGUUCAUCAGCCAGCCACCGCUCCCACAGCAUACACUCCUCGAGGUUCCAGACGGUCACCGUGCUCCAGUCCCUCUGCACAGCUGCAGAAGUGGAUCUCAAAGUGACUGCGCCAUUACUCCACUGUCCUCAUCUUCCUCCUCUUCCUCACCCUGCUCCUCCCCCAACUACAUCUACACCUCCCAACCCAGCUCUGUAGACACUUCUCUGGACCCUCACCAAGGUCUUAUAGACUUUGCAGAGAUGAGCCUCUUGUCUCCGUUGUCCUCCCAGAAUGAGGCUGACCUCUCCCUGCCUCUGCUGAUCUCCUCCUCUCCAGGGCCAAACAAAAGUUGCUGCUUCCAGAGGGAGCCUCCAGAGGGCUGCGAGAAGGUCAGAGUCUGGGAGGAGAUCAGUGCUCCACACCUACUCAAGCCAGCCCUCGUCUCCUCCUGCCCAGACCCCAACAAGGUCAACUUCACCCCCCAUGGGGGCUCAGCCUUUUGCCCCGUCAGCCUCCUUAAGCCCCUGCUUCCUUCCAUGGACCGGUUAUUCCGCAGUCUUACCGUCUCUCCAUCAGGCAGUUGCCAGGGAGCAUCCUCUGGUAACUGUGCUUCUCCUCCUGACCCUCCAGCAGCUACCACUGUCAUGGGAGAAGGUUCUGGACAAGGCCUUGCUUUCUAAUCACAGCUGCAGCUCUCUGUGGAAAUGAUGAUGCAAAUAUUUAACUGGCUGAGGACGGGUAUGUUUAUGGCUUUUUAGGGAAAGGCUCAUUCCUUUUAUUUAUAGGUAUACAAUAACCUGUUGGAUAAUAACAUUGAUGAGGAAAUAAAUCCAUGAGAAGAGCUUUAUAAGCUAUAGUUUGUGUUUCAAGGUAUGUUGACAUUUUUAAGUUUGGUUCCAACAUUUUACUAUCCAAAGAGAUAUUUUUGGCCAAAAAAUGUUUGUGAGAGACAGAGCUUUGACGUAAAAUGUUGGAUGACUGACCACUUAACAGCACAGCUCUAUUUUCUUUUUCUUAAAUGUUUAUAUCCAAAGCAGCCAUGAUAUACUUUAUUUGUUAACCUGUCACAAUAUCAGGAGUUUGGGUCAAGCAGAAAAACUCCUUCCUGAACUGAGUGUGCUUGUUUUAUAAGUAUUCAGAAAGAUAUUUAUAAGCAACUUGGCUUUGCAUGUCUUGACAAAUCAGUCGGGUACUUUAUAGUUGCUUGAUUUAAAAGGAAAAGACAAUGAAAUCACAUUUUGAUUAUUGUAGACUGAAGGGAAGUUUCCAUUAGUUGAAGCUGGGUAGCAUCCGUACCCGAUGGCUUCAGCUCAUGCAUUCCUGAUUUAAAGUUGUACGUACUUUUUGUUACCUUGUGUACUUAAAAAAAAAAAAAAAAAGAAAAAAAAUGUGUUAG